GUGUGAUACACACUUGGCAGAAAUUCAAUUGAUGCAUCCUCAAGCGCAUCUAACAUUAGUGGAAGCAGGAAUGGAAAGGUGGUCACGUGCAUAUUGUUCGAGAAGAAGAUAUUCCAUGAUGACCACCAAUAUUGCCGAGUCUCUCAAUAAAUGCAUGAUGAAAGCACGUCGGUUGCCUAUAACGAGUGCACAUGAAUUUUUGAGACAUAUGCUUCAAAAAUGGUUUAGCGACAGACGUGCUACUGCUGACAGGAUUGUAACUGAGAUUACCUCUGCUGCAUUGGCACAUGUCAACUUUGCCCAUAGCAAAACAUUAGAUCGAGGAUGUAGUGUAGUUCCUAUAAUACACGGAAACAAGUUCCUCGUGAAACAUGCAAAGGAAGGCGAUGGGAUCGUUAACAUUGAUGCAAAAACAUGCAGUUGUCGUAAAUGGGAUCUUGAUCAAUUACCGUGUCUUCAUGCAGUUGCUGCUGGCAGUUUCAUGCGGGUGCACUAUAAUUCGUUUUGUCAUCCAUAUUACACUGCAAGCUGGGUCAAAAAAGCAUAUGAACUUCCCAUUAAUCCGGUCCCUAACAAGUCCGCUUGGGUUAUUGCUGCACAUGUUGGAAGGGUGGUUGUACACCCACCCGUACAAAGAAGACAACCGGGUAGACCAAGAGAGGGUCGGAUUCCUUCUAGUGGGGAAGCUCGUCGAAGGAAAAAAUGUGAAAAAUGCGGUGCACAAGGGCACAACCGUCUAUCUUGCCCUAAUGAAUGGUCUUCUUCCAUUGGAGAGUCGAGCACAGCCGCUACUACUAUAGAAUCAAGAGAUGCUGCCAUGGCCACUGCAAGAGAAAAUCGAAAAUGCAGCAUUUGCAAAGAGGCUGGACACACUCGUCGUCGGUGCCCUAUACAGUUGAGCAAUCAAGGUGAUGAUAAUUUUGGCAAUGAUCUAAACAAUCAAUAG